UUUUCCUUACGAAUAAAGCUAAUCUUUUCCUUUUUUUCAUUUGGUAUUAAAAUAAAAUGUAUUUCGUUACGAUACUGUAAUCAAGAUACUUAUGAAGUCCAAGAAGCGGGACUUAUCGAGCAGACAAGCGACGACACUUCGCAAUGGCGCCGAAUUUAAAGGAAUAUCCGUGUACAAAAUAUCUAAGUUAAAAAAGACACUGCACUGCGUCCAAACUUGAUAAAACUGGGGCUUAAAUCUAAUUUUGUCAUCAUUGAUCAUGACAAUGUACAAGAUUGGUCUAAUACUUUCAACAUUAGGCUAUAAAAAGCACACAAGACGGCAAAAUAUUGCUGAAAGCCGGUUUUAGGAGGAAGAUGUGAGCUGAAAUGAAGUUGGCUUUGGGUCUUCUCUUGUUGGUUGUUGUGACAAGAUCGCAACUUCCCAAUAUUUGCGUUGAUGUCAUUUGUCACAGAUAUGCAACAUGUAAUGACGGUGUAUGUGUGUGUAACAAUGGUUAUUCCGGCAAUGGAACUACAUGUUUAGGAAGCAAAAUUUGUGGUAGCUCUCAAGAUGACUGUUCUCGAGAUGCAACAUGUACAGAUACAGGACCGGGGAAAUAUCAAUGUACCUGUAACGAAGGUUUCAGUGGCGAUGGAAAGUCUUGCUCUGUCGUAUCAGGGGAGUCAAAGGCUGUUUGCGAAAAAGUGGAUAUAAUCUUUGUACUUGAUAAAUCGGGUAGUAUAUACCCAAAUGACUUUCAGUUGAUGCGAGAGUUUGUUAUUUCAAUGGGAGAAAGACUGAAGGUUGGUGAGCGCAAUAGUGCAGGGGAAAUAAUUGGUCAAGCGGCCAUCGUCACAUUCAGUGAACGUGGAAAAGUGGAGCUAACAUUAAAGAGCAGUCAGAGACGAGGGAGGUUUAGGAGUGUUGUAACCAAUAUGCCUGGACCACGAAGAGGAGGGCGAACUAAAACCCAUCGUGGAUUGGCUGUUGCUGACAUUAAGGUAGUUAAGAAGUUUGCUGGGUAUCGGGAAGAUGAUCCAAAUGUUGUGAAAAUUUUUAUGGUUAUUACGGAUGGUAAACAAACAAAAGAGUCUCGUCGUAGAGGAUACAAAUACGUCAGAGAAGCAAUGCAGCCAUUCUUCAAACGUGAGAAUUUGAAUGUGUUUGCUGUGGGUAUUGGUUUAGAGGAAAACUCGCCGGCUUAUAGUGAAGUUAAAGAUAUGGUUCAAAAGGACGAAAACGCUUUCCUUAUGAAAACGUUUGAGGACUUAAAUGACAUAAUGAUGGAAUUGUUGAACACGUCCUGCAAUGUACCACCUAAGAUAUGUGGUGCAUCUGACGAUUGUUCUCCUCAAGCAACAUGCGCAGAUGUUGAAUCUGGCAAAUAUGAAUGUACUUGCAACGAUGGUUAUGUGGGAAAUGGAAAGUUUUGCACGAUUCCCCCCAUAUGUGGUACUGCUGAAGACGACUGUCAUCCUUCUCUUGCCAACUGCACAGACACAUCUCCAGGGGCAUAUAAAUGCAAAUGUGUGACUGGUUAUAUUGGAGAUGGUAAACAGUGCGCACGUGACAAGAUUUGUGGAACUCCGAGAGACGAUUGUCAUCAGUUUGCUACGUGCACGGAUACUGGUUCUGGCAAAUAUAAUUGUAACUGUAUCCUUGGAUAUUCUGGAAAUGGUAAAGAGUGCAUAGCAAUCGCUAUUGCGUUCAGAAAAGAAACGUACGAUGUCAUUGAAGGAGACAAAAAAGCUAUUGUCGAAGUAAUUGUGGAAACUGGUGAAAUCACAACUCCUUUAACUGUUACUUUGAAUACAUUGUAUGGUUGGGCUGGUGUAUCAGAUUUCCCUGCAGUUACAAAGAAUAUCACCUUUCAACCUGGUCAAACAGGCCCAAUAGCCGUACAAAUUGAUAUAAACGAUGACGUCCAAGUGGAGUCGACAGAAGCAUUUCAAGUUGUAUUAAGCAAUCCGUCAUAUAAAGUAGAAGUUGGUAAACCAGCUGCAGUUAACAUAAUGGAUGAUGACGAAGCCGUUGUUGCAUUUUCUCAAACUGUUUACGAUAUCAGAGAAAAUGAGACGGCAAUUAUGGAGCUCAGUUUUACACCUGGAUCAUCUGCCAGUUUUCCUGUUACGUUGAGUUUGACGACAAGUGCAGGUUCUGCUUCUGACCGAGAUUUCUUCGGAAAGACCUUUGACGUGACGUUCAAUGCAGGCGAAACUGGCCCGAAAAGAGUAGAAAUUGAUAUUGUUGAUGACUCUCUCGUAGAGUCAACGGAAUCCUUUAAUGUAUCGAUAGUUUCAUCAUCUUCACCUGCAGUAAGACCUGGAUCUUCUUCCAAAGUUAAUAUUCUCGAUAAUGACGAAGCUCGGAUUGGUUUUACUAAGGAGUUAUUUGAAGUAAAUGAAAAGUCAGGAGUUGCAAAUAUUGGGCUCAUCUUUCAAUCUGGUGAAGUAAAUGUUCCAGUUACUGUGAGGUUUGUAACCAAGACUGGUACUGCUGGAAGCUCAGACUUUGUCUCUAAAGCCGUCGACGUAUUGUUUGAACCAGGCGUGAAACAAAAGACGGUGAAGGUGGAUCUUAUCAACGACAAACUUUUGGAACCCAGUGAAAUCUUUGAAGUGUCACUUGAAUCAUCAUCUGUUGAUGCUGUAAAGCUUGGAAAGCCAUCUUCUGUUAGAAUCAUUGACGAUGAUGUUGCUUCUAUUGGCUUUACCAGCAAAUCUUACGAUGUUCCGGAGGAUAGAAAAGCUAUUUUGGAACUUGAUUUUCUUGCAGGAGAAGCGACGGAGCCUGUAACUGUCAGACUUGCUGCCCUGUCUGGAACGGCGGGAAAGAAUGAUUUUAUUAGCAAAGAGAUCGACGUAACAUUUGAACCUGGACAACAAGGACCCAAAAUCAUUGAAUUUGACUUGAUUGAUGACAAAAUCGUCGAGAGCACGGAAUCCUUUCAAGUAGCACUUCUGUCUUCAUCAAAUAAGAAUAUCACGCUUCAAGAUCCCGCUGUUGUAAACAUUUUGGAUAACGAUGAGGCUUCAGUCAGGUUUGAAAGUGAUACUUAUGACGUAAAGGAAAAUGAAACAGCUUUUGUUGAUCUUAAACUUGAUGGAGAAAUAGCCUAUCCAAUCACAGUUCAAUUGACCACAAGACCAGGAACGGCUGAUGAAGAAGAUUUUGUGUUAAAAACUGUCAAUGUUACAUUUGAACCUGGGCAGUCUGGACCAAAACGUGUAAACUUUGACAUAAUAGACGAUAAAAUCGUGGAGGAUACUGAGUCAUUUAGUGUUGUUCUAGCAUCUUCUGUUUCUGCAGUGAUCGCUAAUACAUCGGCAACUGUGAACAUUCAAGAUAAUGACGAAGUCCUCAUUGGAUUUACGAGUAAUGUUUACCGAACGCCGGAGUCUCAGAAUGCGUUUAUCGACGUUGAAUUUAUCUCUGGUCGUUCCGAUGUUCCUGUUACUGUCAGUGUUGAAACAAUCCCAGAGUCAGCAGACAACAAUGACUUUAUUCCAAGACAAAUUGAUGUUGUGUUUGGACCAGGAGAGACUGGACCCAAGCGAGUUGAAGUUAACAUUACCGAUGACCCAUAUGUUGAGUCUAAUGAACGGUUUGAGGCUCAAAUAACAACGAAGGAAGCUGGCAUAAAGAUUGGGGAACCGGCAUAUGUCAUUAUUGAAGAUAACGACGAAGCCGUUGUUGCAUUUUCUCAAAGUGUUUACGAUAUCAGAGAAAAUGAGACGGCAGUUAUGGAGCUCAGUUUUACACCUGGAUCAUCUGCCAGUUUUCCUGUUACAUUGAGUUUGACGACAAGAGCAGGUUCUGCUUCUGACCGAGAUUUCUUCGGAAAGACCUUCGACGUGACGUUCAAUGCAGGCGAAACUGGCCCGAAAAGAGUAGAAAUUGAUAUUGUUGAUGACUCUCUCGUAGAGUCAACGGAAUCCUUUAACGUAUCGAUAGUUUCAUCAUCUUCACCUGCAGUAAGACCUGGAUCUUCUUCCAAAGUUAAUAUUCUCGAUAAUGACGAAGCUCGGAUUGGUUUUACUAAGGAAUUAUUUGAAGUAAAUGAAAAGUCAGGAGUUGCAAAUAUUGGACUCAUCUUUCAAUCUGGUGAAGUAAAUGUUCCAGUUACUGUGAGGUUUGUAACCAAGACUGGUACUGCUGGAAGCUCAGACUUUGUCUCUAAAGCCGUCGACGUAUUGUUUGAACCAGGCGUGAAACAAAAGACGGUGAAGGUGGAUCUUAUCAACGAUAAACUUUUGGAACCCAGUGAAAUCUUUGAAGUGUCACUUGAAUCAUCAUCUGUUGAUGCUGUAAAGCUUGGAAAGCCAUCUUCUGUUAGAAUCAUUGACGAUGAUGUUGCUUCUAUUGGCUUUACCAGCAAAUCUUACGAUGUUCCGGAGGAUAGAAAAGCUAUUUUGGAACUUGAUUUUCUUGAAGGAGAAGCGACGGAGCCUGUAACUGUCAGACUUGCUGCCCUGUCUGGAACGGCGGGAAAGAAUGAUUUUAUUAGCAAAGAGAUCGACGUAACAUUUGAACCUCGACAACAAGGACCCAAAAUCAUUGAAUUUGAUUUGAUUGAUGACAAAAUCGUCGAGAACACGGAAUCCUUUCAAGUAGCACUUCUGUCUUCAUCAAAUAAGAAUAUCACGCUUCAAGAUCCCGCUGUUGUAAACAUUUUGGAUAACGAUGAGGCUUCAGUCAGGUUCGAAAGUGAUACUUAUGACGUAAAGGAAAAUGAAACAGCUUUUGUUGAUCUUAAACUUGAUGGAGAAAUAGCCUAUCCAAUCACAGUUCAAUUGAUCACAAGACCAGGAACGGCUGAUGAAGAAGAUUUUGUGUUAAAAACUGUCAAUGUUACAUUUGAACCUGGGCAGUCUGGACCAAAACGUGUAAACUUUGACAUAAUAGACGAUAAAGUUGUGGAGGAUACUGAGUCAUUUAGUGUUGUUCUAGCAUCUUCUGUUUCUGCAGUGAUCGCUAAUACAUCGGCAACUGUGAACAUUCAAGAUAAUGACGAAGUCCUCAUUGGAUUUACGAGUAAUGUUUACCGAACGCCGGAGUCUCAGAAUGCGUUUAUCGACGUUGAAUUUAUCUCUGGUCGUUCCGAUGUUCCUGUUACUGUCAGUGUUGAAACAAUCCCAGAGUCAGCAGACAACAAUGACUUUAUUCCAAGACAAAUUGAUGUUGUGUUUGGACCAGGAGAGACUGGACCCAAGCGAGUUGAAGUUAACAUUACCGAUGACCCAUAUGUUGAGUCUAAUGAACGGUUUGAGGCUCAAAUAACAACGAAGGAAGCUGGCAUAAAGAUUGGGGAACCGGCAUAUGUCAUUAUUGAAGAUAACGACGAGGUGGAGGUUAACUUUGUUCAACGUUCCUACGACGUACAAGAAAACGAAGACGCUGUAGUUGAGAUUGAAUUGUCUUCUAAGGACAUAAGAAUUCCUGUUACUGUGAGAUUAACUACAGAACCAUUGACUGCUUCCAGUGGCAAGGAUUAUUUGCCAAGAACGGUUGACGUAACAUUUGAACCAGGAGAGUCUGGUCCUAAGUCAAUAACCAUUCCGAUAAUUAACGAUGGUCUUGUUGAACCAAUCGAAGAAUUUAAGGUUGUUAUGGUUUCAUCAUCAGAGCCUGCAGUCAAGCUUGGAUCACCGACAUCUGUCAAUAUAUAUCUUCAGGAUGACGAUGAUGCUGUUGUUGGAUUUACAAGACGUUCCCAGGACGUACUUGAGAGUGAAAAUGUAACAGUCGAGAUCGGAUUGGCGUCCGGAAACAUUUCACAUCCAGUGACUAUUAGUCUAGAAACAGUCCCUGUAACCGCGUCAGGAGAUGUAGAUUUUGUCACAAAGACAGUCAAUGUCACAAUCAAACCAGGAGAUGUUGCAACACAAAAAAUAAAUUUCAAUAUUAUUAAUGAUUUGUUGGUGGAGGGAACUGAGCGUUUUAAUGUUUCGAUCAAAUCUUCCUCGAUACCAGCUGUAUCAUGGACAAAUCCCGUCACUAUAAAUAUCUUGGAUGAUGACGAGGUUGUGGUUCAAUUCAAGAGAGCUUCAUACAGUGUUCGUGAAAACGAGCAACCUGCUGUCGAAAUCGAAUUAUCAAGAGGAGGUGUCACCGAGCCAACAACAAUUCAGUUAUCGACAAGCCCUGGGUCUGCUAAGAAGGCUGAUUUUGUAGCAAAGACUGUGAAUGUAACGUUCUUGCCUGGUGAGAAGGGACCAAAAACUGUCCCAUUUGAUAUCAUCGAUGAUUCUUUGGUGGAGUCAAAAGAAUUUUAUUACGUGAACUUUGUGUCGUCUUCUUCGCCUGCAGUUAAAUUUUCUCAACCUACAGUGAUAAACAUUGAAGAUAACGACGAGGCUGCUAUUGGGUUUUCCAAAUCUGUCUAUGAGAUACCUGAAGAUAGGAAGGCUGUUGUUAAUGUGAAGGUGACAAAUGGAAGCUUUGAUAUUCCUGUCACAGUUCGCUUGUCCGCCUCUCCCAUGUCAGCUGAAGCUGGGAAGGAUUUCACUCCACGGGAAUUAAAUGUGACAUUUGCUCCCGGUGAAAAUGGGCCAAAAUUUGUUGAAUUCGAUAUCAAUGACGACGACCUUCUCGAAAACCCAGAAGAAUUCUCGGUGUCUUUCAUCUCGUCAUCUGUUCCUUCUGUGAAACUCGGCCAGCCUUCUACAGUCAAAAUUUUGGAUAAUGAUGAAGUUCUGGUUGAAUUUUCAAAACCUUUGUACACUACAAACGAAAAUGAAAAGGCAAGAGUGGCUGUACAAUUAUCAUCAGGGAAAUCUGAUAUUCCCGUUAAAGUAAACCUACAGACAAGUCCAAAUACUGCAGGUCUUUCAGAUUACUCUAAAACAUCAGUGCCAGUUACAUUCUUACCUGGUGAAAGUGGUCCCAAAUACGUUGAAAUUAAUAUCACAGACGAUGAGUUGUUAGAAGACAAAGAAAAGUUCACUGUAUUUUUGACAUCAAAUGUUCCAAGAGUUUCUGUGGGAAGACCAGCAUCUGUUGAGAUCAUAGACAAUGAAGUGGCAGCGAUUUGUGGCACUCCACAAGAUGACUGUCACAGGUAUGCCACGUGUGCAGAUACCGGACCUGGUGAAUAUUCCUGUACUUGUAACGAUGGCUAUACUGGAGAUGGAAAGACUUGUUUGGCCAUUAAUAAUUGCGAAACUGAUCUCAAUGAUUGUGGUGAAAAUGCGUCAUGUAUUAACAUGGGUCCCGGCGUGCACAUGUGCUAUUGUGAUGCAGGUUAUACUGGCAGUGGACGAAGUUGCCAAGCUCUUUCACCUGCCAAAGCAAAAUGUGCGAAAACAGAUCUGAUACUUGUACUUGAUCGUUCUGGAAGCAUUCGCCCCCAGGAUUAUGAACUCAUGAGGGAUUUUGUUGUUGAGAUUGGCCAAAAAUUAAAGAUCGGGGAAAGAGAUGAUGAAGGCAAGGUGAUUGGUCAAGGUGCUAUUGUCACAUUUAGCGAAGAGGGUACAUUGCGAAUAACUCUUAAAGAAAGUCAAGAACCUGGAAAAUUUGUUGAAGUUGCUAAAGAAAUGCCCGGACCAUAUUCUGGCGGUCGUACCAAGACACACAAAGCUCUUAAGGUGGCUAAUGAGAAACUGGUUACUGAAGCAGCUGGUUUACGUGUAAAUGAUCCAAGUGUCCUGAAGGUAUUCAUGGUGAUAACUGAUGGAAAACAGACUAAAGAAUCAAGGCGAAGAGGUUUCUUGCCUGUAAAGGAAGCAAUGAUACCAUUCCAUAACCGUAAAUAUUUGAAUGUGUUCGCGGUUGGCGUUGGUCUGCGUGACGAUAAGGCGAAACAAGAAGUUAGAGACAUGGUUAGAUCACCAGCUAAUGCUCUCCUUACCGAAAGUUAUGAACAGUUAACUGAAAGUGUCGACGACUUUUUAAUCCGCUUCUGUCCAGUUCCUUCAACAUGUGGCUCAAAGAGAGAUGAUUGUCAUCCUGAACACGCAGUCUGUAAAGACACCACUCCCCCUAAUUAUGAGUGUACUUGUAAAGAUGGAUACAUUGGCAACGGAAAGAAGUGCGUUGCUCAAUUCAAAUGUGCUACCUUGGCUGACGAUUGUCAUCCAUAUCUGGCGUCUUGUACGGACAAUGGAAAUGGGACUUACAGUUGUAAAUGCAAGCCAAAUUAUUCUGGUGAUGGAAAGACUUGUCGAGCGUUAGACAUAUGUGGAACUGACAGAGAUGAUUGCCAUGAGCAUGCAACGUGUAGUGACACUGGCCCAGACAGCUACAAGUGCCUCUGUAAAGAAGGUUACCAAGGAGAUGGAAAGGAAUGCACACAAGUAAAGAUUUGUGGCACACCAAGAGAUGAUUGCAGUCCUUAUGCAACAUGUCAAGAUACAGGACCUGGAACAUAUACAUGUACAUGUGAUGAAGGUUACACUGGAGAUGGAAAAACUUGUACAGAAUUAAACAUUUGUGGUACACCAAGAGAUGAUUGCAGUCCUUAUGCAACAUGUCAAGAUACAGGACCGGCAACAUAUACAUGUACUUGUAAUGAAGGUUAUACAGGAGAUGGAAAAACUUGUACAGAAAUAAAGACUUGUGGCACACCAAGAGAUGAUUGCAGUACUUAUGCAACUUGUCAAGAUACAGGACCGGCAACAUAUACAUGUACUUGUAAUGAAGGUUACACUGGAGAUGGAAAAACUUGUACAGAAAUAAAGACAUGUGGCACACCAAGAGAUGAUUGCAGUUCUUUUGCAACUUGUCAAGAUACAGGACCUGGAACGUUUACAUGUACUUGUAAUGAAGGUUACACUGGAGAUGGAAAAAUUUGUACAGAAAUAAAGACUUGUGGCACACCAAGAGAUGAUUGCAGUCCUUAUGCAACAUGUCAAGAUACAGGACCUGGAACAUUUACAUGUACUUGUAAUGAAGGUUACACUGGAGACGGAAAAAAUUGUACAGAAAUAAAGACUUGUGGCACACCAAGAGAUGAUUGCAGUCCUUAUGCAACAUGUCAAGAUACAGGACCGGCAACAUAUACAUGUACUUGUAACGAAGGUUAUACUGGAGAUGGAAAAAUUUGUACAGAAAUAAAGACUUGUAGCACACCAAGAGAUGAUUGCAGUCCUUAUGCAACUUGUCAAGAUACAGGACCGGCAACAUAUACAUGUACUUGUAAUGAUGGUUAUACUGGAGAUGGAAAAAUUUGUACAGAAAUAAAGACUUGUGGCACACCAAGAGAUGAUUGCAGUCCUUAUGCAACAUGUCAAGAUACAGGACCUGGAACAUUUACAUGUACUUGUAAUGAAGGUUACACUGGAGACGGAAAAAAUUGUACAGAAAUAAAGACUUGUAGCACACCAAGAGAUGAUUGCAGUCCUUAUGCAACAUGUCAAGAUACAGGACCGGCAACAUAUACAUGUACUUGUAACGAAGGUUAUACUGGAGAUGGAAAAAUUUGUACAGAAAUAAAGACUUGUGGAACACCAAGAGAUGAUUGCAGUCCUUAUGCAACAUGUCAAGAUACAGGACCGGCAACAUAUACAUGUACUUGUAAUGAAGGUUAUACUGGAGAUGGAAAAAUUUGUACAGAAAUAAAGACUUGUGGCACACCAAGAGAUGAUUGCAGUCCUUAUGCAACAUGUCAAAAUACAGGACCUGGAACGUUUACAUGUACUUGUAAUGAAGGUUACACUGGAGAUGGCAAAGUCUGUGAAGGUGUCACAGUAACAUUUAGACGAAAUGGAUAUACUGUAGUUGAAGGAAAACCUGCCUUACCAGAAAUUAUUAUAAGUGCUGACCGUAUUGUUAAACCCAUCACAAUCACACUUAGGACAACUUCCAGAAGUGCAGACCAUUCAGAUUAUACACCUCGGAGAGUGGACAUUGUUUUCAAUCCUGGCGACGAAGGUCCUAAAGUGAUACCUAUCAAUACAACUGAUGAUAUUCUUGUUGAACCAAAUGAAAAGUUUCUUUUGUAUUUAAAUUCUUCUUCUCCCGGAGUAACAGUUGGUGAUCCUGUAAAUGUUACUAUUAAGGACAACGAUAAAUCAGCUGCGUGCAAGCCAAAAACAGAUCUCAUUUUCGUACUGGAUCGAUCAGCAAGUAUAAGAAGUGAAGAUUUCGACAGAAUGCGUGAAUUUGUUAAAACCAUUUCAAAAGAUCUCCGAGUUGGUGAAACAAAUGAUGAAGGAGAAAUAAUUGGACAGGCUGCCAUUGUUACAUUUAGUGAAGUGGGUGAAAAAAGGAUCACCUUAGCAGAAAGUCAAGACAAAGAUAAAUUUUAUAGUAUAGUUGACAGCAUGCCCGGACCAUUGCGAGGUGGUAGAACAAAAACUCAUCAUGGAUUAGCUCUUGCUGACAAAGAAGUCGCAAUUAAAAACGCAGGUUAUCGAGAAGAUGAUGAUGAUGUAAAGAAAAUGAUAAUGGUUAUUACGGAUGGUGAACAAACAGUUGAAUCACCACGCAGAGGAUAUGUUCACGUUGGUGAUGCUAUGAAGCCCUUCUUUAACAGAAAAAUGGAUGUAUUUGCAAUUGGUGUUGCUUUAGAGACGGAAGCAGCUGAACAAGAAGUAAGGGACAUGGUUCAACGUCCAGAAAAUGCUAUCAUCACAUCAAACUUCAAUGAAUUACUUUCACGAGUUGGAAGCAUAAUUGCCAAAUUUUGUCCUUCAAAAGAGAUUUGUGGUACACCAAGAGAUGAUUGCAGUCUUUAUGCAACAUGUCAAGAUACAGGACCUGACACUUAUACAUGUAAAUGUAAUGAAGGUUACACUGGAGACGGAAAAAAUUGUACAGAAAUAAAGACUUGUGGCACACCAAGAGAUGAUUGCAGUCCUUAUGCAACAUGUCAAGAUACAGGACCGGCAACAUAUACAUGUACAUGUAAUGAAGGUUAUACUGGAGAUGGAAAAACUUGUACAGAAAUAAAGACUUGUGGAACACCAAGAGAUGAUUGCAGUCCUUAUGCAACAUGUCAAGAUACAGGACCGGCAACAUAUACUUGUACAUGUAAUGAAGGUUAUACUGGAGAUGGAAAAACUUGUACAGAAAUAAAGACUUGUGGCACACCAAGAGAUGAUUGCAGUCCUUAUGCAACAUGUCAAAAUACAGGACCUGGAACAUAUACAUGUACAUGUAAUGAAGGUUAUACUGGAGAUGGAAAAACUUGUACAGAAAUAAUGACUUGUGGCACACCAAGAGAUGAUUGCAGUCCUUAUGCAACAUGUCAAGAUACAGGACCGGCAACAUAUACAUGUACUUGUAAUGAAGGUUAUACUGGAGAUGGAAAAACUUGUACAGAAAUAAAGACUUGUAGCACACCAAGAGAUGAUUGCAGUCCUUAUGCAACAUGUCAAGAUACAGGACCGGCAACAUAUACAUGUACUUGUAAUGAAGGUUAUACUGGAGAUGGAAAAACUUGUACAGAAAUAAAGACUUGUGGCACACCAAGAGAUGAUUGCAGUCCUUAUGCAACAUGUCAAGAUACAGGACCGGCAACACAUACAUGUACUUGUAAUGAAGGUUACACUGGAGAUGGAAAAAUUUGUACAGAAAUCAAGACUUGUGGUACACCAAGAGAUGAUUGCAGUCCUUAUGCAACUUGUCAGGAUACAGGACCUGGAACAUAUACAUGUACUUGUAAUGAAGGUUACACUGGAGAUGGAAAAACUUGUACAGAAAUAAAGGCUUGUGGUACACCAAGAGAUGAUUGCAGUCCUUUUGCUACUUGUCAAAAUACCGGCCCUGGAACAUUUACAUGUACUUGUAAUAAUGGUUAUAGUGGAGAUGGGAAAUUUUGCCAAGGUGUUUCAGUUACAUUUAAACAAACUGGAUAUGUGGUAGAAGAGGGAAAAUCGGCUUAUCCCGAGGUUUCUAUUAGUUCAAGCAACAUUACUGAGCCUAUUACGAUUACAGUGACGUCAAUUCCCAACAGUGCUCACCAUACAGAUUAUUUACCUCUGACCGUGGACAUUGUUUUUAAACCUGGGGAUAAUACAACAAAAAGAAUAUUUAUUGACACAAUUGAAGAUGAUCUUGUUGAACCAGAUGAAGUGUUUCGUCUCUCUAUAUCUACUUCUUCUCCCGGAGUAACAGUUGGUGAUCCUGUAAAUGUUACUAUUAAGGACAACGAUAAAUCAGCUGCGUGCAAGCCAAAAACAGAUCUCAUUUUUGUACUGGAUCGAUCAGCAAGUAUAAGAAGUGAAGAUUUCGACAGAAUGCGUGAAUUUGUUAAAACUAUUUCAAAAGAUCUCCGAGUUGGUGAAACAAAUGAUGAAGGAGAAAUAAUUGGACAGGCUGCCAUUGUUACAUUUAGUGAAGUGGGUGAAAAAAGGAUCACCUUAGCAGAAAGUCAAGACAAAGAUAAAUUUUAUAGUAUAGUUGACAGCAUGCCCGGACCAUUGCGAGGUGGCAGAACAAAAACUCAUCAUGGAUUAGCUCUUGCUGACAAAGAAGUCGCAAUUAAAAAAGCAGGUUAUCGAGAAGAUGAUGAUGAUGUAAAGAAAAUGAUGAUGGUUAUUACGGAUGGUGAACAAACAGUUGAAUCACCACGCAGAGGAUAUGUUUACGUUGGUGAUGCUAUGAAGCCCUUCUUUAACAGAAAAAUGGAUGUAUUUGCAAUUGGUGUUGCUUUAGAGACGGAAGCAGCUGAACAAGAAGUAAGGGACAUGGUUCAACGUCCAGAAAAUGCUAUCAUCACAUCAAACUUCAAUGAAUUACUUUCACGAGUUGGAAGCAUAAUUGCCAAAUUUUGUCCUACAGAAGGGAUUUGUGGCACACCAAGAGAUGAUUGCAGUCCUUAUGCGACUUGUAAAGACACUGGAUCUGACGCUUUUACAUGUACUUGUAAUGAAGGUUAUACUGGAGAUGGAAAAACUUGUACAGAAAUAAAGACUUGUGGCACAUCAAGAGACGAUUGCAGUCCUUAUGCAACAUGUCAAGAUACAGGACCGGCAACAUAUACAUGUACUUGUAAUGAAGGUUACACUGGAGAUGGAAAAAUUUGUACAGAAAUCAAGACUUGUGGUACACCAAGAGAUGAUUGCAGUCCUUAUGCAACUUGUCAGGAUACAGGACCUGGAACAUAUACAUGUACAUGUAAUGAAGGUUAUACUGGAGAUGGAAAAACUUGUACAGAAAUAAAGACUUGUGGCACAUCAAGAGAUGAUUGCAGUCCUUAUGCAACAUGUCAAGAUACAGGACCUGGAACAUAUACAUGUACAUGUAAUGAAGGUUAUACUGGAGAUGGAAAAACCUGCACAGAAAUAAAGACUUGUGGCACACCAAGAGAUGAUUGCAGUCCUUAUGCAACUUGUCAAGAUACAGGACCUGGAACAUAUACAUGUACAUGUAAUGAAGGUUAUACUGGAGAUGGAAAAACCUGCACAGAAAUAAAGACUUGUGGCACAUCAAGAGAUGACUGCAGUCCUUAUGCAACAUGUCAAGAUACAGGACCUGGAACAUAUACAUGUACAUGUAAUGAAGGUUAUACUGGAGAUGGAAAAACCUGCACAGAAAUAAAGACUUGUGGCACAUCAAGAGAUGAUUGCAGUCCUUAUGCAACAUGUCAAGAUACAGGACCUGGAACAUAUACAUGUAUAUGUAAUGAAGGUUAUACUGGAGAUGGAAAAACCUGCACAGAAAUAAAGACUUGUGGCACACCAAGAGAUGAUUGCAGUCCUUAUGCAACUUGUCAAGAUACAGGACCUGGAACAUAUACAUGUACAUGUAAUGAAGGUUAUACUGGAGAUGGAAAAACCUGCACAGAAAUAAAGACUUGUGGCACAUCAAGAGAUGAUUGCAGUCCUUAUGCAACAUGUCAAGAUACAGGACCUGGAACAUAUACAUGUACAUGUAAUGAAGGUUAUACUGGAGAUGGAAAAACCUGCACAGAAAUAAAGACUUGUGGCACACCAAGAGAUGAUUGCAGUCCUUAUGCAACUUGUCAAGAUACAGGACCUGGAACAUAUACAUGUACAUGUAAUGAAGGUUAUACUGGAGAUGGAAAAACCUGCACAGAAAUAAAGACUUGUGGCACACCAAGAGAUGAUUGCAGUCCUUAUGCAACAUGUCAAGAUACAGGACCUGGAACAUAUACAUGUACUUGUAAUGAAGGUUACACUGGAGAUGGAAAAACUUGUACAGAAAUCAAUAUGUGCAGUGGAAAUAAUCACGACUGCCAUAAGAUGGCCAACUGUCGACCUCUUGCUCCUGGAAAUUAUUCUUGUACUUGCAUUGAUGGUUACGAAGGCGAUGGAAAAAAUUGUAGAGGUAAUGAGAUUUUCGGACCAGUGUUAUACGAGCUUAAACCGAAGAAUCCAUCGACUAUUGGUGCGGCAUGGCGUCUGCCGGAUGAGAUGAUACGAUCUGACGUUAUAGAUUAUUUAGUUUGUUAUAAAGACAUUAAUAAUGGUGGUGGCCAAUGCAAAAACAGCACUCCUCCAUCCCCGAAUUCACCACUUGUCAUGGAUUUAACUGAUCUUGUUGAGGAAACAACCUAUGAAGUUUUUGUAAGAGCAAGAAACGCUUCCGGUUAUGGUCCACCAUCAAAUGCUUUGAAUGUCACAACUCCACCUUCACCCGUUAAACCUUGUGUUACGAAGACGGAUACUAUCUUCGUUGUGGAUAAAUCAUCUGGUUUAAGUAAAGACGAAUUUGAAAAGAUUCGCUCUUUCAUUUCAAGAGCCGCGAAACGUCUUGGGAUUGGAAUGAAGAAUAAAAACAAGCAUCUUCUUGGUCAGGCAGCCAUAGUUGCAUUUAGCAAGAAUGCUGACAAGGUCAUUUCUCUCAAAGAUAGUGGUAUACGUAAUAACUUUGCCAAGGCCGUACGUCAAAUUAGUUUAUCAAAUAACAACGAAACCAACACACACCGUGGUUUGGAAGAAGCUUACCGUAAUGUUGCAGUGUCAAGUGAAGGACUAAGGAGCUUUGAUGAUGGUGUUCAUAAGACUGUGGUUGUUAUCACUCAUGGUCAUCAAACAAACAAUAAAGGUGGUUUUGUUUACGUCGGAGAUGCAGCCAAAGCAUUCUUCAAGCGUGGCAUCGACAUUAUUGCUAUUGGUAUUGGUCUUGAUAACGACGUUGCAAAAAAGCAGUUGAUUGAUAUGGUCCGAACUCCAGAAAAUGCUUUCUUGUUAAAUGAUGCAAGUGGUUUAUCUUUUGUUUUUGACAGAAUCCUUCCUCAAAUUUGCCCUAAAAAUAAGAUAUGUGGUUCGCCAUUUGAUGAUUGUCACCCAAAAGCCAUAUGCUUCGACACCAGUGCCGGAAAACAUAAAUGCAUUUGCCGUGAUGGAUAUGCAGGCAAUGGAAAAGAAUGUUUCAAAAAAAAUUGUAAAUUCGACAUCGGUUUCCUUGUCGACUCGUCCUCGAGCAUGAAAGAUUGCAACUAUGAUGGUCAAAAGAAAUUGAUAAAUAACAUCGCAGAGCAAUUCCAAGUUGCAUCAAACAAGAGUCAUGCCAGUGUAAUAUUGUAUAGCGAAAUGGCUGCGAUGUACAAAAACUUCAAUAGGUUCUAUUCGCUGAAAGACUUUCAAAUGCUUGUGAAAGAGUUACCGAUGAUUAGUGGUCCAACUCAUUUAGACCAGGCCCUUGAUGUCGCUGCCACUAAAAUGUUUUCUACCAAAAAUGGCAUGAGAGAAGAGUCUAUACCAAAAUUACUAUUCGUUCUCACUGAUGGCGUGCAGUCCCCCAUCUCCAUGAAAAAACCUCUGGAAGAUGUUGCGGCAACUUUAAAAUCACGAAAUAUUCAUAUCGUUGUGAUAGGGUCCGGGGAAGCUGAUAAAAUGCAACUAUCACCGCUUGUAAAAUCAAGCUCGGACUUAAUAAUGGUGAAGAAAUUUGAAGACGCAAUUGAGCAUAUGAAAAAAUUUUCAGAACAUAUGUGCUCAGCUGACAGAUGUUCCCAUAUGAAAUUAGUUGUUCCCGUGAAAAUACAAGGUUGUAAAAGCAGUACACCAGUGAAAAUCGGUGUCUGUAUGGGUAAGUGUGCGACAGGACCUAGCUUUUCCUUAACGGAUGAACAAACGUGGAAAUUGGACUGUCAAACGUGUAAACCUCGCACUGUUGUUCAGAAGUCUGUUCUGUUAACCUGUCCUGGGAAUAUAAAACGAUCGUUCAAGAUAAGAGAUGUUACAUCUUGUCACUGCGAGAAAUGCCCAUGGAAAAGGUUGUGAAAAGAAUGCUAAAGUGAUGUAUUUAGAAGAAAUGCGACACACAGACUGAAAUUAAACUCUGUCUUUGCAAGGGAAUAUUUAAUUUAACAUUAGUUUGAAUACGUUGUUGUUAAAAAAGGAAUUUUUACUAUAUCAUUCAUGACAACUAUUGGAAUAUCCUCGAAUAUACUUUAAUAUAAAAAGUAAUAAAACUAGUGAUAAUGAUGAUUUGUAUAACUAAAACAAUUUGUACUAGGCUACCUGUAUACUUAUUGUCUGUUAUGAAAAAAAUCGUGUUUAAAAAAAGCAUAAUGCCUGAUAGUUCGUUUUCACUCAGGCAAAUUAUACAGAUGAUCUAUUUAUGUUCGCAAAGCUAACAUUCAAGAAAAAGUAUAUCGGAUGGAGAAAUUGUGUUCAGAAUAAUGCGGAAACUGACGUCACUUCUGUCGUUCUAUUACAUUGUCCGAUACCGUCAAGCCAAACAUUACAGCAUUAUAAGGAAAAUGAAUGUGAUUUAUAUCAAUGUA